AUGAGGAAUCCGAGAUAUCUUACAGAAGUAGAAUUGAACUUGCAUUUUUCCAAACACGCUCGAACGCUCUUACAAACCCCCAGGAAGGCGGAAACUAUUCCAAUGGCACAUGGACGAUAUGUACAUUUUGGUAUUGCAAAAGGCUUACGUCACAUUAUUGAAACAAGCGGCACCACUUGUAUACCUAAAGAAAUUCAUUUAUCGUUCAACAUAGACGGAUUACCGCUUAUCGGAAGUUCCAAGAACCAAUUAUGGCCAAUUCUGGGAAGUUUCAGAAAUUUAAAAAAUAAAGAACCAUUCAUCAUUGGAGCCUUUCACGGAUAUAAAAAGCCUCCAGGUGCUGAAGAAUUUUUAAAGUACUUCGUCGAAGAAGCUGAGAGUCUGAUAGAGAAUGGAUUUACCUGGAAAGGCAUUAACA